CAAAAGGUUGAGACGUCACAGUGCCUGCGUCUCUCAGCCAAUGGCGGAAGCUGCUUGGGGAGGAAAGGCGGGGUUUGUCCUCGUGAUUAGUGGGCGUGUGAUGUGUUGUCUUCCCCCCUCAUUCGUUGCGACGUUUUAUUAGACUUGCAAGAUGGCGACGGUGCAUCUGAGAAUCGGAGACCUAGUGUGGGGGAAACUCGGCCGCUAUCCACCAUGGCCCGGAAAGGUAGUGAGCCCUCCCAAGGAUCUGAAAAAACCAAGAGGCAAAAAAUGCCAUUUUGUCAAAUUCUUUGGAACAGAAGACCAUGCCUGGAUUAAAGUGGAACAGCUGAAACCCUACCAUGCCCACAAAGAAGAGAUGAUCAAAAUAAAUAAAGGCAAGCGCUUUCAGCAGGCUGUCGACGCGGUGGAAGACUUCCUCAAAAAAUCCAAGGGGAAAGAGCAGAACUCUGAGGGUAAGGGAGAGUCGAAAGGAAAGAAGACCCCAAACAAGCCACUGAAGAUACUGGAUGAAGAUGACGAGGAUCUCAGUGCCUUGAGAGAUCCCUCUGAGAAGGACUUAACUGACUCUGACCCCGAGCCGUCCACUAUUGAGAGGCUGGGGGCUGGACCUGGAUUCAAAUGGGAAAGCAGUCCUGUGAAGGACGACCCACAUUUCCAUCACUUCUUGCUUAGCCAGUCUGAGAAGCCUGCCCCAUCCAUGGAACCAAUAAGCAAGCGUCUAAAAGUUAUUGAGGAGGACAGGGCAUCAACAUCCAUCCAGGCAGCAGACAGCACGGCAAUCAACGGCAGCAUCACCCCCACAGAUAAAAGGAUAGGGUUCCUCGGUCUAGGGCUGAUGGGGAGCGGUAUCGUCUCCAACUUGCUGAAAAUGGGCCAUGUUGUCACGGUGUGGAACCGCACAGCAGAAAAGUGUGACCUGUUCAUCCAAGAAGGUGCCCGCUUGGGUCGGACCCCUGCAGAAGUCGCUUCCAUGUGCGAUAUCACUUUCUCUUGCGUCUCUGAUCCAAAGGCUGCCAGAGAUUUGGUUUUGGGUCCCAGUGGAGUGCUGCAGGGAAUCCGGCCGGGCAAGUGUUACGUAGAGAUGAGUACGGUGGAUCCAGAGACCAUCACAGAACUCUCCCAGGUGAUCACUUCAAGGGGUGGACGUUUCCUGGAGGCUCCGGUGGCAGGAAGCCAGCAACUCUCCAAUGACGGAAUGUUGGUCAUCUUGGCCGCCGGUGACCGAACAGUUUAUGAGGACUGCAGCAGCUGCUUUCAGGCAAUGGGAAAAACGUCCUUCUUCUUGGGCGACGCAGGGAAUGCAGCGAGGAUGAUGCUCAUCCUCAACAUGGUGCACGGCAGCUUCAUGGCCACCAUCGCAGAAGGGCUCACACUGGCACAGGCCACUGGCCAAUCACAGCAGACCCUGCUCGACAUCCUAUGCCAGGGCCAGAUGGCGAGCACCUUUGUGGACCAAAAAUGCCAAAACAUUUUACAGGGCAACUUUAAGCCAGACUACUAUUUGAAGCACAUUCAGAAAGACUUGAGGUUAGCCAUCUCCAUGGGUGACAUGGCCAACCAUCCCACCCCCAUGGCUGCAGCUGCAAAUGAGGUGUACAAGAGGGCCAAGGCGCUGGACCAGUCAGACAAUGACAUGUCUGCAGUCUACAGAGCCUACAUUCAUUAGUCUUUCAUCCUUCAUUUCUCCUUUUUAUUUCUUAAGAUUCUCUCAUUUGAUUAUUCCCCCCACUAGGAUGGGAGUGUUUUUGUUUGAAUGCCAGGAAACAUUGCACUGAUCUGAGUGAAGUAGUGUAGGACCACUGAGGAGCAGCUUGUUUUGGCAAAUGUUUCUAUUUGCAGAUUUCAUUUCAUGGACUUUUUGGCUUUUUUUCCCCUUUUAAAAAUCGCAAAUUCCAAGAGUGAAAGACAGAAUAUGCCACUACAUUGCCUUAAUAGACUAAUCCCGCAAAUUCUCAAUAAGGACCUUAUUUAUUUAUAACUAGAUCUUCUUUGUGUUGACACAUUUCUGUACCUGACAAAGGCAAGUUCUGCUUUUACGUUGUUUGUUGUAGUGAGCCAUCCCAAUAACACCGUUUAGUAUGCAGUAAUAACUAGUUUGGAGAAGUU